UCCAAAUCAAUCAAACUUACAUAAUUCACGAGAUUUAUAAAUACCCCAAAAAAUAACUGCAGAAAAACUCCACCAACACACAACAAAUAUUAAUUAAUUAAUCAGUAAUUUUUUUUCGACUUUCUGUGCCUUCCUAAUCAUCUGAAAUUCCCAAUUAAUCUCGGAAGAUUUCUCAAUCAAAUCAGGCAGAGAAGAUAAGAACGCAAGGAAACAAAAACAGUGGGUACCCAGAAAAAAACGAGGCAGGAAGCUCACAUCUUUUGGAGCCGAAUCAAAUCUGGCAAACCUUGGGGGAUUGAGGCCUCGCUUGUCGUUGAAGCAACCUAUUUACAACGACGACGACGAGGAGUGCAGGCCUUGGCGUCGGAGGUUUUCCAUGGCGUUCACUUGGGGUUCCGCGCUCAGGAUCGCUCUCCUCCUCCUCCUCCUGGCCGCCGUUGCCACUGCUUGUUUCACUCUUCCCGUGGAAAAGAUUUUGAAGGACUUCUUAUUAUGGGUUGAGCAGGAUCUUGGUCCCUGGGGUCCCCUUGUGCUGGCUGUUGCAUACAUUCCACUAACAGUCUUGGCAGUACCAGCUUCAGUACUUACUCUCGGUGGUGGUUAUCUUUUUGGGCUACCUGUUGGCUUUGUUGCUGAUUCAAUUGGAGCCACUUUAGGUGCAGGGGCUGCUUUUCUUCUAGGAAGAACUAUUGGGAGAUCAUUUGUUGUUUCAAGGUUGAAGGAUUAUCCUCAGUUCCGGGCAGUUGCAAUUGCAAUUCGGAGAUCCGGAUUUAAGAUUGUUUUGUUGCUUCGCCUUGUUCCCUUGCUCCCAUUCAACAUGCUAAAUUACCUCCUUUCUGUGACUCCUGUUCCAAUAGGACAAUACAUGCUGGCUUCCUGGAUAGGGAUGAUGCCAAUAACAUUUGCGCUAGUAUAUGUUGGAACAACUCUCAAGGAUCUUUCUGAUGUGACCCAUGGAUGGGGUGAAUUUUCAAAGACCCGUUGGGCUUUUAUCAUAUUGGGCCUUGUAGUCUCUGUGAUUUUAAUGAUUUGUGUUACAAGAGUUGCCAAGGCCGCUUUGGAAAAAGCUUUGGCCGAAAAUGAGGAUAUUGAUAACAUUGAUAUUAUACCAGAGUUACCUGUUGUCUCCGAAACACCAGUGGAUCUCGACCAGCCUCUUUUAAUCAAGAUAGACGCGUCUGACGACCAUCAUGAGAAAUGAAAUCCACGCUCUUUGUAAAUUCUUCUUCCCACCUCCUCCUUUCAAAGUGUAUGCUCUAUUAAUACUGCAGCAUCUGAUAGUUAUCAUUUUGUUCUCUGUACAGCCUCCCAUCCUUUAGAUUUUGUAUUUUGAACAAAUAUGGCUUAACUUGACUAUUACGAUUGAACGAAUAUGUCUUUUUUUUCAACUUGAAAUGAAAGAUUAAAGAAAUCAUUGAGAUCAUUUUUGUGA